AUGUACUUGAACGGAAAGUUGACGGCUAACUAUUAUUACAAAUGGCAAUUGAAUGAUGAUGAAAGAUUGACUGAAGAGAUAUUACAACAAAUUGAAAAAUCCGAAAAAAUUCAAGAAUUUCUUCGAGAUGAUUUUUUAAGAGAUGUGAUUAAUCACAUUAAUGAUGUAGGGAAAGGAUCAAACCCAUACGAUGCAGAAAAAAUAUUAGACACAGUAAGACGAAAUAAUCAAAUAUUCAACGAUUUUUCAGAAGAAUUAUUAAAUAUUGCUCUAGUUCAAUUCUGGCAUUUACGAAUUUUUUAUUUUAGAAUUAUUCGUGAGCUUUUAAAACAACCAGCAAAUAAAAAAUGUUUUGAUUGUCCUACCAAGGGACCUGUUUAUGUAAAUCUUUUUAAUGAUACUUUUGUUUGUGCAAAAUGUUCAGGUAUACAUCGUGAAUUUAAUCAUCGUGUCAAAUCAAUACUUGCAUCAACAUUUACUCCAGCUGAAAUAGAAUCUUUAAAAAACGGCGCAGUAGAAAUUUGGUUGGCAAAAUAUAAAUGGGUAGACUUUCCAGAACCUGAUCCUAGUGAUAUAGAAUCAAUACGUACUUUGAUGUCAAUGAAAUAUAAACAAAAGAAAUGGUUGGAUGAGUCACUUUUGAAAGCAAAUAAUAAGAGACCACCAAAUGGUGAAGAUUAUGUGGCCAAAGGAACUUUUGUUAUUAAUUCUCCAGCAUUAAGUAAUAAAUUGAAUAAUAGUAGCAGUAAUUUAAGUGAUGAUUUUUCAAGUCAACACUCUAGUUUAAACGGCCAUUCGCCUGUUUCACCUACAAGCAGAAAAUCAGACAAUAAUACAAGUUAUUUAAAAUAUUCCCCUGAUACAUAUAAUGUUGUAGAAAACAAUACAUAUCUAGAAUCUAAUAAAAUAUCCACCACCACUAAUGCCUCUUUCACCCGACAAAAUCCUUUGGAUAAUUGUUCUGCAACAUAUUCUGAUCAAAAUAUUUUACAUGUUAACUCAAAUUCAAAUAUUUUUUCAACAGAGCCUUCUCUCUUGGAUAAUAAUGAUUUUAAUCUUUCUGCUGUUAAUUAUAAUUGCAUUGAUAAUAAACAGAAUCCUUUUGGGCAUGUCAGACAUAGUUCUUUGACUUCAAUUGCAAGCAGUAAUAACGAUGAUGAUAUUUUCAGCGAUUUCCAAACUGCACCUGACGUUAAUUCACAAAAAAAAAUGUGUUCAACAAAUUUGAAUUCUUACAAAAACCACACAUUUUCAAAUGGUUCUACAAAUACAAAUAUGAAUUCAUCGCAACAAAAACAAUUUGGUCAUUCAAAGAGCAUCUCUUUUGAUGGCGUGUUUAGUGAUUUAGAUCCGUUAAAAACAACAUCAUCUAUUUUUGAUAACAACAAUAAGAUAACGGACGAUCCUUUCAUUAAUCUUCUACCAUUAAUUAAAUCUGAAACGUCAAAAAGAUUUCCGUCUCAAAAAUUAAAUGAUGAUGAUAUUUUCAGUGAUUUCCAAGCUGCAUCUGAUGUUAAUUCACGAAAAACAAUGCGCCCAACAAAUUUAAAUUCUUACAAAAACCACACAUUUUCAAAUGGUUUUACAAGUACAAGUAUGAACUCAUUACAACAAAAACAAUUUGCUCAUUCAAAGAGCAUCUCUUUUGAUAGUACAUUUAGUGAUUUAGAUCCAUUACAUAAUAAAUAA